AACUUAUCUGAGACAGAUAUUCGCAGCGGUGGAAGCCUGAGAGUCAUCAAGGCAUCAAGGCGUCAGUAACAUCUGUGGCUACAAUACUUUUCUUUCUUUUCUCUUCUUUUCAUCUUGGGAAAUUUCAUUGAGAGAUUAUAAAUGAAUAAUAGAUCGGAACGAGAAAUUGAAAUUGUAUGAAGAGAAAUUGAAAGUGCUUGCUCUGGUUCUCAAUAUUGAAACCGGUGAAAAUGACACUUUCCGAAGAAAGUAAUAUGGAUGAGACUACACCUCUUAUUGCUGCUCCUGAAACACAUACCACUGUCCAACAAAAUGGCGCAAAUAUUGACAAACCGUUACCUAUGGGGCAAAUAUUGCUUCUGUGUUUCGCUCGAAUAGUCGAACCAAUUGCGUUCUUCUCCAUUUUUCCGUUUAUGAACCGCAUGAUUGAGGAGUGUGGCGAUGUGCCCGAGACUGAUGUCGGGUUUUAUAGCGGUUUCAUUGAAUCUUUAUUCUCCCUGACGCAGAUGAUGCUGAUGCUACCUUGGGGGCGGGCUUCGGAUCGCUUUGGUCGAAAGCCUGUUCUUGUCAUUUCUCUCGCAGGACUGUCGGUAACUUGUGCGCUCUUUGGAACUAGUCAAAAGAUCUGGCAGAUGAUAGUAUAUCGAUGCCUCGCAGGGGUAUUUUCCGGGACUGUGGUGACUGUUCGAACAGCAAUUUCGGAGAACAGCACACCGAAGACGCAGGCUAGAGCUUUUAGCUACUUUGCGCUUUUCAGCAACCUCGGAAUCUGCGUAGGCCCUUUAUUAGGCGGCGUGCUAUUACGCCCAGCUGAGCAAUAUCCAUCACUAUUUGGCAACGUUCGCUUUUUCAAAGACUAUCCCUAUGCGUUGCCAACGUUCGCCACUGGAAGCAUCGCAGCGACUGCCUGCAUUGUUUCUGCUCUUUUUGUGAAAGAGACUUUAAGAAGUAAAAUUGACGGCAGAAAUGAGCCUGUUAAGCCUAUGUCAACCACUGAAAUUAUCAGAUCUCCGGGAGUCUCUUUGGUGCUAUUCCUGAACGCUUUUACCAUCCUCAUUACUUUGGGUUAUACUGCCAUCAUUCCCGUCUUCUACUUCACCAACCCAAAAUUCGGUGGCUAUGGAUUUAGGGAAAUCCAAAUAUCAGCAUUUAUGGGCAUUGGUGGCCUUUCCCAGGCAGCCUGGUUGAUUUUUGUAUUCCCUAGCUUGCAACGCCGCAUUGGAACCGGUGGCGUUCUUCGUGCUUGUUCUGUUUGCCUACCUUUCUGGUUUUUCCUUACUCCGGCAGCAAAUAUUUUUCUUCGAGUCGGAUGGGAGACGGUCUUUUGGGUGUAUGCGCCGGUGGUCGUCGUCGUGGGAAGUGGUGUUGCAAUGGGAUUUACUGCAUUUCAACUCGCAUUGAAUGAUAUAUCGCCGUCUUCUGAAACUCUGGGCACACUGAAUGCAAUCAGCCUGACGCUAACCAGUGCUAUUCGCUCUAUUGCGCCCGGCCUCUUUGCUAGCUUGUUCGCAACAGGUGUGAAGCACCAGAUCCUUGCCGGCUAUUUUGCAUGGGUAAUUUUGAUUGCACUAGCGAUCGUCCAGAGGGCCAGUUUACGUUGGCUACCCACAAGAGUGGAAGGGAAAAUUGAUGUCGUAAAUGAAGAUGAAGAGAUUGCCGCAUAAUCUGGUCAACUGGACUAAACCGAUAUUCCGUAGACAUUAGAACGACCGCUUUCUGCGGAAAUGUCAGGCUGCAAAAAAAGGAAAAUGACCCGUCCAAUAACCAAAAGAAAGAAUAGUAUGUAGUUGAUA